AUGGCUAAGAGUCUGGACAGCAGGUUUCUCUGUCCCCAGAUGAUGCGGACGGACAAUAAAGGCCGGAGCGCCUCCCCCCACAGGAACGCCUACAAGUCUGACUUCCACACCAUCAAAUGCUCCUUGGAUGCCGCGGCCAUGCCUAGACCUUCUUCCCUGGGCGCCUCAAUCCCUUCACCUGGAUCCAUGGCAGUCCCUCACACCAGGACUAGCAGUGGGAGUGACCCUGGUGAGGGUACCAGGGGUGGGUCCCUCAGCCCUAGAGGAACUAAGAUCAAAGACAACAUCUUCCUCCAGAUGGACAGCCAACAGCACCACCUCCACCUCUUAUCUCAGGCCCUGCCCAAACACCCUCUCAGCUCCAGCUCUGUCCGGAGCAGUGUGGCCAGCAUGUCCAGCGUAGAAUCGUCUAUGCUAGAUAAACCGUUUAAGGCAGAGGAGAUAGCAGAGAUAGACAGAGCUGCUCUAGCCCAGAAGUUCUCGGUGACCCGGAAGCUCUUUGAGAAGACUGACCUCUAUAGCCCUAGUAGUCCUAAUGCUGACCCCCUGUACAACAGGAGUUUGUCUGAGGGGAACCACCCUAAUGACCUUGACAUGACCCCUGAUGUCCCUUUGACCCCCAAAGAGGGGUCAGGGGCUGGGACAGUAAGGGCGGAGCUAGUGGAGGUGAAGAACGAGUCAUCUGAGAGCGACGGUAACGAAGGAGAGGAGGAAGGCAAGAGGGAGGAGGGCAAUGAGAAUAACCUGGUGGAUGAUGUGUUUGAAGAAUCCAAAGAAAGUGAAUCAGAAAGAGACAUGAACCAGCAGGAGACAGAACAGAGGGAAGAGCGAAUGGAGGGGGAAAACAGACCGAUCAGCCAAGCAAUAGAGCAGCACAGAGAAGAGGGGACAACCGGAGACGGUGAGAAAGUGGAGGUAGAGGUGAAAAGAGAUGAGGCAGGAGAGCAGGAGGAAAAGAAACUUGAGAGAGAAACCAUGUGCAGUGACGACAAAGAAAAGAUGAGGGAGGAGGUGAGAGAGGGAGAGGAGGAAGCGAAAGAGAAGGCCGGAUUGGAAGAUGGAGGGAUUGACUUCAGGGAAAAAGAAGAAGAGGAAAGAAAGUCCAGAGGGAGAGUGAAAGUGAAGGAAGAGCAGGAGAGGGAAGAGGGGGAGUGCACUGAGACAGGAGAUGAGAAGAAUGGAUCUGCUGCCGUCAUUGGAAUUGAGAAUGAGGCCUUUGUGGAGGACGGGGAACUGAACUCGUCGGAGUGUCAUGACGAUUUGGAAUGGCCCAGAAAGGACUGGGAGCAGCUCUUUAUGGAAUAUGAGGAGAUUCCCAGUCUUCCCCAUGAGGAUGAUGAUGAUGUGGAUUCUGCUAAGAGGAGGAAGAUUAAGUUCUCUACAGCACCAAUCAAGGUGUUCCUGACCUACUCAAAUGCAGACUAUGACCGGCGUAAUGAUGAUGUUGACCCUGUGUCUGCCUCUGCUGAGUAUGAACUGGAGAAGAGAGUGGACAAGAUGGAUGUCUUCCCUGUCCAGAUAAAGAAAGGAGAGGAGGGCCUGGGUAUCAGUAUAAUAGGGAUGGGGGUAGGGGCUGACCAGGGGCUGGAGAAGUUGGGGAUCUUCGUUAAGACCAUCACAGAGAACGGAGCUACACAACAGGACGGACGUAUCCAGGUGAAUGACCAGAUAGUGGAGGUGGAUGGGGUCAGUCUGGUCGGAGUCACACAGCUGUUUGCUGCCACCGUGCUAAAGAACACCAUUGGCUCUGUCAGGUUUUUUAUUGGACGGGAGAAGCAGGGAGAGGAGAGUGAGGUGGCCCGUCUAAUCAAUGAGAGUCUGGAGCAGGACAAGACACCGUCUACAGUAGAGGUGUUAAAUGAUGGUGUUGUGGGACUCAGCUCAGUGGAUGAGACGGUAGAAGUCCUCCGUACAGAUGAUGAAGAGGAUGAUGAAGAGAAAGAAAUCACCAGCUGCCUCAGAUGCCAACAGCUCCAGUUAAAAGUCAGGACCAAAUCAGACCAACUCUGCCUAGUGCGGGAGAAGCUGAGGGUGUGUGAGGAGCAGCAGGCCUUGUGGGAGAGUCAUCAGGCUGAGCUGAAGGAGCGUAUCCAGGAUGGAGAGGAGAAGGCUGACAAACUAGAGAAGUACUGGCAGGAGGCCCAGGCUCUGUGCAGGAUUGUGAACCAGCGAUUGGCUGACACCCAGAGCCAAUUAGACAGCCUGGAGGUGAAAUACAGCAAGGCCAAGAGACUGCUGAGGGAAUUCCAACACAGGGAGAAGGAGAGUGCAGACUGGAGCAUUGCGGUGCCUGUGACAGGUCUGUUAGACACCAGCGCUCACAGGGCCAGAGCACAGCUCGCCCAAAAAGCCAAGAGACACCCUCCCUCACGAGACAAACUCAGAGAGUCCUUCAGACAACAGGGUGAGGAAGACCAUAUUCAGAGCUGUGACGGGAAGAGCCAAUCACUGACUACGAUCGCACCACGAGAGAUGGGACGAUCGGUCUCAGCAGGCGGUCACCGUGUCCACUCCAGCACAUCCUCUCUGUCUGCCCUCACCUCCAAGCCCCACCCCCCCUCUCUCCUCACCCCCCAGCCAGGCCAGUCCCCCCCUAAUGAGGACAAGUCAUCUACCACACGCAAAUCAAAGAGGAGAUUCCCUGACUUCAGCGGCCUCCGCAAGUCUCUGAGGAGAGGGAGGAAGAGUGAGGAGAAGAAGAACAAGGAAAGACCCCUGGACCACAGGGGUUUAUGUGUUAACCUGGUGGAUGCCCCCAGCGGUGGUGUCUCUCCCUCUGUCUCCUCCAUGCCCUCCUGCCUACCCUUCUCCUGGUUCGGAGAGCGAGGGAGGGAGAAGGAGAGAGGGAAGCUUAGGUCUGUCUCCAGCAGCAGUCUACCGCACAUGACCACCGGAGGCAGUAGAGAAUGCCAGAGAGUGAAUGUAGGAGACCCAGGUAGUCCCAGCUCUGCUCUCCUGUCAGGGAUGCUGUCAGAUCUGUCUCUCUCUGCACACUCUCAAACUCUCACCUUCUCAUCAGAGAACCUGGAUGAUGACUCUGUCCCAGUUGGUAACGAUUACCAAUGGCAAAGCCGACCCCUGGACCAAUGGACUAAUCAGCAGGUCUGUCUGUGGUUGAUUGGCAUGAGCAUGGACCAAUACGCGGCCCAGUUCACAGCCAAUGGUGUGGAUGGGCUGCAACUUCUCAGUCUGGACAACAACAAACUCAAGGCUCUGGGUGUGUGCAGUCACAGUGACCGUGCUGCUCUGAAGAGAAGGCUGAAGGAGAUGAGGAAGACUCUGGAGAGAGAGGAAAAGGAGAGAGAGAAGGGAAAGGAGGAGAGGGAACAUGAGAAGAGGAAGGAGAGAAAGGAGGCCAGACAUAGUGGUAAAAAGGUCAGAACCGAGUCCCUCUGCUAA